AUGAGCCUGCCGCUCCCUGAGUUACCCGCGAAGGACCAGGCGGAGGCGCCCCCAGCGCCGCCCACCGCUCCUGCUGGCUCCAACAUGUCCUCUCCCAAGAAGAGCGACAUCUUUGUCGUGAAGGGCGCGGCGGCGGCCGCGCUGCUCAACCCUGAGCUCGCCCGCCUGGCGCCCGGCUCCCCGCUGGGCGCGGCUAUGGCGCCGGGCUCCCCGCGGCUGCUGUCCACGGCCAGGUUCACUGAGUUGAUCCGCAUGAUUCACGCGCUUGAGCGCGAGGUCACGCGCAUGUCAAACGAUUUUGCGUCGCGCGAGGGUCGCGCGGAUGCUUCAGCUCGCUGGACCUCUUCCCCGCGCAAGUGA